AUGGGCGACAAAGAUGAUGUUGAUGUGCGGCUAGAGUUCCUCAGUGAAUACCUGCUGAGAGCUCUAAAGCAGAAGAUUGACAAGUGGAACAAAUUCAUUACCUCAGAUGACAGGCACAUCUUAUUUAGAUUUUUUGAACUGCCAAAUUUGGAGCUUUUAGUGUUUCGUAUGACAGCAGCUGGAACCCUGACUUGUUCCUUAAAGUUUCCUCCUAUAAGCAGAGGCAAGAUGUGCUACAUGAUUAGGAAGUCACCAGAGCGAAUUGAUCAGAAGAACUUCAGAAGUAUUCUCAUGAUGGGCGAAAUGUCAGGGAAUGUCCUGCAAGAUCUCAGUAUAAUGGCGGAUGAAGUAAUUGGACCAAUGCUUUGCAAUCCUGAGAACCAGAAAGGCUGGCCUAAGAUUGUGAAAAAGGAUAUGAAGAAACAUGUCAAUGACUUGAGAGCUUUGAUGCACCAGCUGAAAGGUGAAAUGUCCAGUCAAGUAAUGCUGCCAAUGCCAGCUGGAGUUGAAAAAGUGUUCGAAGCAGAGUCAAAAUUGAAAGAGAGUGAUGGUGAAGAAGUAGAUCUAGAGUUAAAAACAAGUAUAGAAGGCGCUGUUAUCAAAUGGACGCAACAAGUCCAUGAUUUGUUGCAAGAGGAUUCUUAUUUGGCUUUCAAGAGAACAAGGUUCCCUCUGCCUUUGGCAGACAUAGAGUUUUAUAGCCAGCGGCUUAAAAACCUCGAAGGCAUUUAUUCUCAGCUUCGGGACCCCCGCGUGAAACGGAUGGCUCACUAUCUGGAAGACACACGUAGUGUUUACUUAAACUGUUUUAAAACUAUGCUGACUAAUGUUGUCGGUGCUGUCGUGGAAUGUCGCGACAUCUACGUGUACCAGCGCCCUCUUAUCGGCCAUUUCGAGAACUUCGAGCAGACAGAUUUCCUCGAUGCCAAAUAUCUUAUUCGACCGAUGUUCCACUGCAUUGGCCUUCUUUGGGGCAAUUCUAGAUACUACUGCAAUGUUGAAAAACUGAUACCGCUUUUAAGGGAGGUUUGCAACUUGGUGAUCCAACAGUGCACGAAUUCUAUCGACCCUCCGUCAAUAUUUCAAGGGGAGGCGGAUGAGCAGUUAAUAAAACUAAGAAAGGGUAUGGAAAACCUAAAACUGUUUGUUGAAACAUAUGAGAUGAAUCGAGACAAAGUGCACACAUUCUUUCCACCGGGGGUGAUCCCUGUGCGAUGGGCGUUUGAUUUUGACCGCGUGUUUAUGCGAUUCAACAUAUACAUGAAGAGGCUAAAAAUGAUCGAGGAUAUGGUAGAGGCGACCACAGAGAUACUUAAGCUAGAGAAGGUUGAAUUCUGUGGAUUGAGGGGCAAAAUACUAAGUACUGAGUGUAUGAAGGUAUUGGAAGAAUAUCAAAUAAAAUAUCAAGAACUAGGUUAUAUAACGUACGAUCCAGCCGAUCCCGAAGAUCAGAGCUUUUUACCAGAUUAUGCUAAAUAUAUGGAUAUUAUUGGGGACGUUGAUAGGCGACUCGCUUCGCUGUUCUCUCAGGGACUGGACGAAUGCCACAAUCUGACACACUUCUUUAAGUUCUUCCAAAUAAUCGGAGAUUUGUUCCAUCGGAAAAUAAUCAAGGCCGAAUUGAAACCUAAACUUCCCCGGCUUCUUGAAUAUAUGCACUCUAACUUAGACGCUGUUAAGGAAAUAUUUGAUGAAGAGAUGGCUAAAUUAACGAAGGGACCUGAAAGGCCGAUGGUUGAUCCGUAUCUGCCUCCAGUUGCUGGUAUGAUUUGGUGGGUUCAUAAGCUAAGGAGGCGUAUACUGGAUCCUAUGGAAGACUUCAUCUUAUUUGAAGAUCCCAUCAUUGAAACAGAAAAUGCACAAUAUAUGAAGCAGAAACACAAUGAAAUGCUAACAUAUUUGAACCAAGUGGAGGACAAACAGUUUAAGGCGUGGUGUACGACUGUACCUGGAAUAUGCAAGCAACACCUGGCUAAGAACCUCAUUUACCGCGAGCCGCCUUUCGUCAGGAAUAACUUCAGUCCAGAGCUCGUAAUGUUGCUACGUGAAAUACGCUACAUGAAGUACUUAAACAAACAAGGGAUUCCUCCAGAUGGUUUGGAGUUGUACGAUCGAAAUGAAAAGUUACAGUAUGAUAUGAAUCGUCUUAACCGCGCCAUCGCAUGGUACAACGCCAUUCGCGAAGGCAGCCAUGAAACGGAAGUGGCACUGAUCGAGAAGGAAAUCUCGGCCAUCGACAAUUUGCUUGGCCGCGGCGUCGAGGAGUUUACCUGGAACGAUGACUUUGCGAACUGGCUGGACGAAGUAUAUGCAGCGAUUAACACGCUACAAGAGCGGGUACUUCAAGCCCAGAAUAAUGUAAAACGAGGCUUAGCUCACAUUGACGCAUGGGGAAACAUUCCACUCCAUAAUCGCAGAACAAAUCCGGACAAACUCGAAUUGCUGGACAUUAAUGGACGUAUGUCGCGCUUCGUCACCAGGCGUGACAAGAUACUUGACAGCCAAGAAGAAUUUGUGAAUAUUUUGCGAGACAACUAUAAACUCUUCUUCAACAUAAUAGACGAAGACGAGGAAGAAGAUGUAGAAGAGGAGGAAGAAGAAGUAGAUGAGAGCACAAUGGACGACGAUGAGAAAGCAGCACGCGCUUUGCUACUGCAACAGAAGGCCGAAGCGAGAGAGGCGAAGAGGUUGGAAAAGGAAGAAAGAGCAGCUGAAAAGGCUGAAAUAGAAAGGAUUAAACAAGAACGGAGAGAUGCUAGACGCUUGAAACGAGAGGCGAAGGAAGCUGAAAAGGCGGAGCGGCAAGCGCGUCGGGAUGCAGGUGAAGAGGUGGAGUCUCCCGAUGAAGCAGAAGAGGUGAUCGAAGAUCCCGAAGAGCUAGCUGACAUAGAAGAAGAACGUAGAGAAAUGGAGGAAGAGGCGUUCCGUGCAGAACGCUGGCCAGCUUAUGUUAAAUACGUCGACUCAUUAGUAUCGAAGCACGUGAUGAAAGCUAUAGGAUCGAGCUUAAACUUGUUUGAGACACAGACUAAUUUGGAGUCCGGCCCGAAUGUUGCAUUUGUCGAUGUAAUUGGUGAACUUAAGGAUCCAGAUAUUUGCUUUACUCCUUCGCUGGACUUGGACGACGAGGACGGCGUGUACGACACAUUGAAAGAGAUGAUGAAAGACAUGUUCCUGCAGGCCACACUCUUUCCGAGGAUCGAUCCUAUCAUUACAAUCGCGUCUUACGAAGAUGACAUAGCGGAGGAAGACAAGUUGAUCGAUCUCUAUCACGAUAUUUUGAAGAGGACUGAAAACAGCAUAGCGGACGUUCUGACUUAUGCUACGAAAUACAAGAAAUAUGCAUCGUUAUGGACCGAAGACCGCCAAGAGGUACUCAAUGGUUUCCUUAAGUACGGUCGAGUAAUUUCUCCGGAAGAAAUUGACAAGUAUAAGUUCGAAAAUGAAGGUCAAGAGCCACCGGAGGCAAAGCCUACACUAGAAGAGUAUCAAAAAGAGAUCGACAAGUACAAUGCAUUAUACGAUGAAGUGGCAGCCUUACCGCCAGAUUAUCUCGUCAAUGGCUGGCUCAAGUUAGACUUGAAACGACUCAACCAAGCCAUCAUGAAUAUCAUCUGCAAGUGGAGCAACUUGUUUAAGCAAAAUUUGAAAGACUAUGUACAAAAGAGCUUAGACGAUCUAGAACAAUUCAUCGCAUAUGCGACGAAAGAGCUUUCUAUAGAGCUAGGAGAUGACGACUACGAAGGUUUGUUGAAAGUUAUGGGCGUACUAAACGAAGUUCGUGCUAAGAUGGACGCACAGACUGAAACUAUGUUCGAACCUUUGCGAGAAAUUAUUGAUGUGCUCAAGGAAUAUGGAGUUGAUUUUCCUGAGGAGACUUAUGAACAGCUGGACGUUCUACCUGAAAAAUGGAGGAACCUAGUGAAGCUAGCAACGGUAAUGAAGAAUAAUGUAGCGCCGCUGCAAGCUGCGCAGGCGGCGCUCAUCGCGAAGCGAGUAUCUUUAAUUACUUUGCGACUGCAGAUGUACCGAGACCAGUUCAAGAUGAAAGAAAUGUUCUUGGAAUCAUGUAAAGAACCGUAUAGAUUAAUAGAUAAAGUGAACCGUGAGUUGAUGGAUUUCGAGAACAUCAUCGAUAAGUUGAAAAAAUCAUGCUCAUUGUUCGAUAUCCAACCUCCGGACGAGAAGAACCUUAAACAGUGUCGACGCGAAGUCAAACUUAUCAAGCAAUUGUGGGAUUACUACUACCUCGUUAUGGGCACUAUUGAGUCCUGGAAGAAGUCGCCAUGGAAGAAGAUCGACGCAGAUGGGAUGGACCAAGAGUGCAAGAGGUUUACCAAAGACCUAAGGCAGCUUGACAAAGAAAUGCGAGCUUGGGAAUUGUACCCAGCGAUCGAGGCCGUUAUAAAGAAUUUGAUGACUUCAUUGCGCGCAGUCACUGACUUGCAGAACCCGGCGAUAAAAGACAGGCACUGGCUCGAACUAAUGAUGGCGACAAAGGUGAAAUUCAGCAUCGAUGAUGACACAACUUUGGCCGAUCUACUAGCUCUCAAUCUUCACAAGUUUGAAGAAGAGGUUAAGACCAUCGUCGACAAAUCCGUUAAAGAAUCCGCUAUGGAAAAAACUCUCAAGGAAUUGGCUGUUACUUGGGCAUCCAUGGAAUUUGAGUACUCUCCUCACGAAAGAACAGGAAUCAAAUUGCCCAAAGUUAGCGAGGAAGUUGUAGAAACCCUUGAAAAUGACCAGUCUCAAGUCCAAAAUAUGUUGUCCUCGAAAUUCGUAGGAUUCUACGAGAAAGAAGUUAAUGAUUGGGCUAAAAAACUAGGUACCGCUGAUGCCGUGAUUGCACUCUGGUUCGAAGUACAACGCAAGUGGCAGUAUCUAGAGAGCAUAUUCGUAGGCUCCGAUGAUAUCCGAUCUCAGCUACCCGAAGACUCAAAACGAUUUGAUGGCGUUGACAGGACUUUCAAGGAACUCCUGAGGGAAAUUGGAGCUACACCAAACAUCAUCCAAGCGACCAACAAACCAGGUUUGCAGGAUAAGUUAGAGGAGUUAAUGAAAGCACUCAAUCUUUGCGAGAAGGCGCUCAACGAUUACUUGGAGACAAAGCGUUUGGCCUAUCCUCGCUUUUACUUUGUGUCGUCGGCAGAUUUGCUUGAUAUCUUGUCGAACGGCAACAAUCCACCGGCGGUAUGUCGCCACUUGCCUAAAUUGUACGACAAUUUGGCCAAACUGGUGUUUCCAUCGCCCAAUAGCAAGCAAGCUAUCGAGAUGAUUUCAAAGGAGAACGAGGAACAUGUGCCUUUCAAGGCGCCUUGUUGCGAUUGUUCUGGCAAGGUGGAAUCAUGGCUCAAUCGCGUAACAGAUUGCAUGCGUUACACUUUGCGUGACAUAUUCGAACAUUGCGUUAAGUCGUACGAAGCCAAGCCUCGUGACGAGUGGGUCUUCGACUGGCCGGCACAGCCGGCGCUCGUAGGCACGCAGAUUUGGUGGACUACAGAGACCAAUCAAGCUUUUGCAAAGUUAGAAGAAGGUUACGAGAACGCACUGAAGGAUUACCAGAAAAAACAGAUCUUUCAAUUAAAUGCCUUGAUCGUACUACUAUUAGGCGAUUUGUCAGUCGGCGACCGGCAGAAGAUUAUGACUAUUUGUACUAUUGAUGUGCACUCGCGAGACGUGGUCGCCAAACUUAUUGUGGCGAAGGUGGAAACAGCCAAUGCUUUUCAUUGGCAGAGUCAGUUAAGGCAUCGUUGGGAUUACCAACAGAACCAUUGCUUUGCGAACAUAUGCGACGCACAGUUUCUGUAUGAUUACGAGUAUUUAGGGAAUACGCCUCGAUUGGUGAUCACGCCGCUGACUGACCGCUGCUACAUCACCUUGACGCAGAGUUUGCACUUGAUAAUGGGCGGCGCGCCCGCCGGACCAGCCGGAACCGGCAAGACUGAAACCACGAAGGACUUGGGACGCGCACUCGGGAUUAUGGUGUAUGUGUUCAACUGCUCCGAACAAAUGGACUACAAGUCUUGUGGAAAUAUCUAUAAAGGUCUCGCUCAAACCGGUGCGUGGGGUUGCUUCGACGAGUUUAACAGAAUCUCUAUCGAAGUGUUAUCCGUAGUCUCGGUGCAGGUAAAGUCUGUGCUAGACGCCAUUAAGUUUAAGAAAAAGAGAUUCGAUUUUAUGGGCGAGAACAUUGCGCUCAUUAAUACUGUUGGCAUGUUUAUUACUAUGAAUCCUGGGUAUGCCGGUAGAACGGAAUUGCCGGAGAAUCUUAAAGCUUUGUUCAGACCAUGUGCCAUGGUGGUACCGGAUUUCGAACUGAUUUGUGAAAUCAUGUUAGUGGCCGAAGGAUUUCAGGAAGCACGUCUAUUGGCGCGCAAGUUCAUUACAUUGUACACGCUGUGUCGAGAGUUACUAUCCAAGCAGGACCACUACGAUUGGGGAUUGAGAGCUAUCAAGUCUGUAUUGGUCGUAGCUGGCUCUCUAAAGCGAGGUGACCGCCUAAGACCAGAAGACCAAGUGCUUAUGAGAGCCCUGAGAGAUUUUAACAUUCCUAAGAUCGUAACUGACGAUAGACCGGUGUUCAUGGGUUUGAUCGGAGACUUGUUUCCGGCUUUAGAUGUGCCCAGGAAACGAGAUAUGGAUUUCGAACAAAGACUUGUGGAAGCAGCUCUUUCGAUGAAGUUGCAACCGGAACCUGGCUUCAUUUUAAAAAUGGUACAAUUGGUAGAGUUGUUCGCUGUAAGACACUCAGUGUUUAUAGACGGAUUCCCUGGAACUGGGAAGUCGAUGGUGUGGCAAUGCCUGAACAAAACAUACGUUAUGUUGAAACAAAAGCCGUUUUACAAUGACCUGGACCCCAAGGCGGUAACAAACGAUGAGCUAUUCGGCAUCAUUAAUCCAGCGACUCGAGAGUGGAAAGACGGACUGUUCUCCAACAUAAUGCGAGAUAUGGCGAACAUGCCGGGCGAUGGACCCAAAUGGAUCGUACUGGAUGGCGAUAUCGAUCCGAUGUGGAUCGAAUCUUUGAACACGCUCAUGGAUGAUAAUAAAGUACUAACGUUGGCGAGUAAUGAGCGGAUUGCGUUGACGAAAUGCAUGAGAUUGCUAUUUGAAAUUUCUAACCUGCGCACUGCUACCCCUGCCACUGUAUCUCGUGCUGGUAUCCUGUACAUCAACCCGCAGGAUUUGGGCUGGAAUCCAUUCGUAGCAUCAUGGAUCGAGACGACUCGCGACGAUGAGGCAGAAAAGGCUAUGCUGUCAGUAAUGUUCGACAAAUACAUCCCUUCCUUGCUCGAAUCGUGCAAGAAGUACAAGCGCGUCACGCCACUCACCGAGCUGCAACAGAUUCAGCUAACCUGCUACUUGCUGGAGUGUUUCCUUACCAAGUCGUUGUUGCCUAGCGAUUGUCCUAGAGAAUGGUACGAAACCUACUUUGUAUUCGCAUGCGUAUGGGGUUUCGGAUCAUCAUUGUUUCAAGAUCAAAUCGUGGAUUGGCGUAAUGAGUUCAGCAAAUGGUUCACCAACGAGUUUAAGCAGAUAAAGUUCCCAGUCACUGGAAAUGUGUUCAGUUUUUUCAUAGAUCCGGAAACAAAGAAAUUUUUGCCGUGGUCUGAGAAGGUGGAGGCUUUCGAGCUAGACCCAGAUUUGCCGCUUCAGUCGUGUCUGGUGUCUACCUCGGAAACGACGCGUAUUCGAUUCUUCAUGGAUCUGUUGAUUAAGAAAGAAAGGCCGAUUAUGCUGGUGGGGGCUGCCGGUAGCGGUAAGACUGUCAGCGUUGCCGCAAAACUCAACGCACUCCCAGACUCGUACGCCGUAACUAACGCGCCACUCAACUUUUAUACCACUUCCGAAAUGAUCCAAAAAGUGCUCGAGAAGCCUUUAGAGAAGAAAUCAGGUCGUAACUAUGGUCCACCAGGCAGUAAGUUCAUGAUAUACUUCGUGGACGAUAUGAAUAUGCCCGAAGUGGACAAGUACGGAACUGUCCAGCCGCACACGCUUAUACGACAGUUUAUGGACUAUAGACAUUGGUACGAUAGACAAAAGUUGACUCUGAAGGACAUAUCAAACUGCAUGUUUGUAUCGUGCAUGAAUCCCACCGCAGGCUCCUUUACCAUCGACCAGCGGCUUCAAAGACAUUUCUGCACGUUCGCCGUCAGUUUCCCAGGUCUAGAUGCAUGUUUCCAUAUUUACAAGCAGAUUCUCUCUCAGCACCUGGCGCCAGCCGCAAACAAGUUCGUGUUGCCAGUGCAGCGGUAUGCUGAGCCGCUCGUCAACUGUGCGCUUGCGCUACAUAACAAGCUCUCUUCCACAUUCCUGCCAACUGCAAUCAAGUUCCACUACAUAUUCAAUUUGAGAGACCUCUCCAAUAUAUUCCAGGGAAUUCUAUUCACAACCGGAGAUGCAAUCAAGACAUCGAACGAUUUAGUGAGACUGUGGAUGCAUGAGGCUUUUCGUGUCUAUUCAGAUAAACUUGUUGAAUUCGCCGACAAUGAAGCAUUCCAAAAACUUAUCGUUGAAGUCAUGAAAAAGAAUCUCGAGGAUUACGACGAAAACAUAGUAUUGGCGAAGCCAGUGAUCUACUGCCAUUUCGCUGAAGGCAUUGGCGAUCCGAAAUACUUUCCAAUUCACGACUGGCCCCACAUCAAGAAACUGCUCGAUGAAUCCCUAUCAGCGUAUAAUGAUCUUGUUGCUACCAUGAAUUUGGUGCUCUUUGAGGAUGCCAUGCAGCAUAUCUGCAGAAUCAACCGCAUCUUAGAAGCGCCUCGAGGCAACGCGCUGUUGGUGGGCGUAGGCGGGUCCGGCAAGCAAUCCUUGUCGCGGCUCUCAUCCUUCAUCUCUUCCCUAGAGGUGUUCCAGGUGCAAUUACGCAAAGGAUAUGGCAUAAACGACCUCAAAGCCGAUUUAGCCGGUCUAUAUAUUAAGUCGGGUCUGAAAAACAUCGGAUGCGUGUUCUUGAUGACGGACGCUCAGGUGGCCGAGGAGCGGUUCCUUGUCUUGAUCAACGACUUGCUCGCGUCAGGCGAGAUACCUGAGCUGUUCGCCGAUGAUGAAAUUGAAAAUCUCAUUAACGGCGUCCGUGGAGAGACGAAGGCAAGUGGUGUACCUGACACAAGAGAAAAUUGCUGGAAAUUCUUCAUUAAUCGUGUGCGAACCAUGCUGAAGGUGGUGCUAUGUUUCUCACCUGUGGGCGCCACGCUGCGAGUGCGCGCACGCAAAUUCCCUUCGAUUGUAAACUGCACGUCCAUCGAUUGGUUUCACGAAUGGCCAUUGGAGGCCUUGCGAUCUGUUUCUAAACGGUUCAUUGCUGAAGUUGAAGCUCUUCCUCCUGAAUUGGUGGAAUCGGUAUCAGUGUUCAUGUCUCACGUGCACACAAGUGUGAAUAAUAUGUCAGCGGUAUAUUUCCAAAAUGAGCGGCGUUACAACUAUACCACUCCGAAGACUUUCCUCGAGCAAAUUGCACUAUACGGGAAACUCCUUGACGAGAAAACUAAGAACUUGAAACUGAUGAUUAUUAGACUCGAGAAUGGUUUGGAAAAAUUGGCUGCUUGCGCUAGCGAUGUCGCCGUGCUGAAGGUGACUUUAGCAGACCAAGAAGUGGUUUUGAAGGAAAAGAAUAAAAAUGCUGAAGAGCUUAUUGAAGUAGUCGGCGCUGAAAGCGACAAAGUAUCAAAAGAAAAGGCAUUCGCUGCCGAAGAGGAAAAGAAAGUAAAAGUGAUCGAAGAGGACGUCACGAUUAAAGCGAAAAUCUGCGCAGAUGACUUAGCAAAAGCUGAGCCCGCAUUGUUGGCGGCCCAAGAAGCUUUAAACACUCUGAAUAAAAACAACUUGACUGAGUUGAAGUCCUUCGGUUCUCCGCCCGACCUCGUCGUUAACGUUUGUGCGGCUGUGCUUGUGCUGUUUGCGAAAAAGGGCAAGAUUCCCAAGGACAGAUCUUGGAAGGCUUGUAAGCUGUUGAUGGGUAAAGUGGAUCAGUUUUUGAACGAUUUGGUCUACUUUGAUAAGGAAAAUAUUCAUCCUGAUGUUAUUAAGGCGGUGUUGCCAUACAUCAAGAACCCAGAUUUCAAUCCAACAUUCAUAAUGUCGAAGUCGGCUGCGGCAGCCGGGCUAUGCUCGUGGGUGAUAAACAUCGUGAAAUUCUACGACGUGUAUGUUGUCGUCGAGCCCAAGCGACGCGCUCUUAAUGCUGCCAACGCCGAGCUCGCGGCCGCUCGUGAGAAACUGGCCUUUCUCACUGACCAGAUCUCCGAAUUGGAAGCGAAACUGGAAGUUUUGCUGAAAGCAUUCCAGGAAGCUGUGAAUGAGAAGAUGAAGUGCCAGGCUGAAGCCGACGCUACCACUGCUACUAUCGACUUAGCUAACCGAUUAGUCAACGGAUUAGCCUCGGAGAAAAUUCGAUGGACUGCCACAGUUCAUAAUCUAAAAGAAUCGGGAAUGUUGCUACCGGGCGAUGUAUUAUUGGUGACCGCUUUUAUUUCAUACGUCGGCUGUUUUAUGCGUCGCUACCGUAUACUUUUGCUCUAUGAGGACUGGAUACCCACGCUUGCUAAGAGUAAUGAUUUAGAAAAACUAGGACGUAAACUAGGCUUCUCAACUGAUAAGAAGACUUUCCAUAUUGUAUCUUUGGGACAAGGUCAAGAAGUUGUCGCAGAAGAAGCUAUGGGAGUUUCUGCUGUAAAUGGACAUUGGGUUAUCUUGCAGAACAUUCAUUUGGUAGCCAAAUGGCUUGCCACGCUUGAGAAGAAACAAGAAGAAACGUUCGAACAUCCUCAUCCAGACUACAGGUUGUUUUUGAGCGCUGAGCCGCCCCCAUCGGCAGAGUACCAUAUAAUCCCACAAGGCGUUCUGGAAUCUGCAAUCAAGAUUACGAACGAACCUCCAAUUGGCAUGUGGGCUAACCUUCACAAGUCCCUGGACAACUUUAAUCAAGAAACGCUAGAGAUGUGUAGCAAAGAGGCCGAGUUCAAAUCUAUAUUGUUCGCGCUGUGUUACUUCCAUGCUGUUGUGGCCGAGAGACGCAAGUUCGGUCCGCAGGGUUGGAACAGAUCAUAUCCAUUCAACUUCGGCGACCUAACAAUAUGUGUGUACGUAUUGUACAACUAUCUAGAAGCUAACCCGAGGGUGCCAUGGGAGGAUCUGCGGUAUUUAUUCGGCGAGAUCAUGUACGGCGGACAUAUCACCGACGAUUGGGAUCGCAGACUUUGCCGGACCUUCCUGCUUGAAUACAUGCAGAGUGAAUUGGUGGAUGGCGAGUGCCAACUAGCCCCUGGGUUCAUUUCGCCACCGAACUCGGACUACACAGGCUACCAUCAGUACAUCGACGAUUUCCUGCCUGACGAGUCUCCCUACCUCUAUGGCCUGCAUCCUAACGCCGAGAUUGGUUACCUCACUACUGUCUCAGAGAGACUUUUCAAGGUGGUAUACGAAAUGCAACCUCGAGAUACCGGUGCACAAGCCGGCGGUGGGGCAACGAAGGAAGAAACUGUACGAAUAUUGCUAGACGAGAUUAUGGAUCGAGUUCCGGAGCCGUUCAAUAUUCCGGAGUUGAUGGCGAAGGUCGAAGAGCUGACGCCAUUCACAAUCGUUGCGCUGCAGGAGUGCGAGCGCAUGAACCGGCUCAUGGGCGAGAUUCGCAGAUCGCUAAAGGAACUUGAACUUGGCCUUAAGGGUGAGCUGACAAUAAGCAGUGACAUGGAAAACCUGAUGGAGUCGCUUUUCAUGGAUCAUGUGCCCGAAUCGUGGACUAAGCUGGCCUACCCUAGCCUGUUGGGCUUGCUCGGUUGGUUCUCUGACCUGUGCCAGCGGCUUAGCGAGCUUGAAAACUGGGCUGGUGAUUUCAAUUUGCCGCCCGCGGUGUGGCUGGCUGGUUUCUUCAACCCGCAGUCUUUCCUGACUGCCAUUAUGCAACAGACUGCGCGAAAGAACGAAUGGCCACUCGACAAGAUGUGCCUCAAUUGCGACGUCACCAAAAAAAACCGAGGGGAUUUCAAUGCUCCGCCACGUGAAGGUGCGAAUAUCGCUGGUCUGUUUAUGGAGGGCGCUCGCUGGGAUACUGCCACCGGCGGAAUCGUGGAGUCACGCAUGAUGGAGCUGUUCCCCAUGAUGCCCGUCAUCUACGUGAAGGCCGUCACACAAGACAAGCAGGACACGCGCAAUAUUUACGAAUGCCCCGUCUACAAAAUUCGAAUGCGUGGACCCACAUUCGUGUGGACCUUCAACUUGAAGACAAAAGACAAGCCGACACGCUGGACGCUUGCCGGUGUCGCUCUGCUGUUGGGUACCUAAAUUGCAGUUCUUCAAAUUUCGGCACAUUGCCGUGAAUGCAGCAGGGGUUAUUCGCUUUCGCUAUGACGCUUUAAUUAAUAAAUGAUGUAAUCUAUUUGAUGUAAUUUUAAUUAUGUAAUUUUAAAUGCAAUAAAUUUGUUCU